AUGAGGUUCUUCUCGCUGUUCCUGUCACUGGCCGCGCUGCUGUGCUGCGUCGCGGCCCAAAGCGAUGCCCUUGCGGCCGUGGCUGCAUUGCCGACCUGUGCGCAAUCAUGCCUAGUCACGGCGGUCCUAAACUCGCCAUGCCAGGCCACCAACCAGACGUGUAUCUGCACCAACGCUCCUUUGCAGGCCGAAGUUGAAGUUUGUGUAUUGGCCAACUGCACGCUCCGCAACGCACUCACAACCAAGAACCUCACCCAGACAACAUGCGGCGUGCCGGCUCGAGACCGCUCCACGCAGUACAACAUCAUCUCCAUCACGAUGGGCUCCCUCUCCGGCGUCUUCGUCAUCAUCCGCCUGGUCCACAAGAUCUUCGCGACAAUGGGAGACCUCGGCGUCGACGACUACUUCAUCCUCAUCACGCUCGGCUCAGGAAUCCCUGGCACCGUCAUCAACUCGGUGGGCUUCGUAGGAAAUGGACUCGGCAGGGACAUCUGGACGGUUCCAUUCGAUAGGAUCACUGAUUUCGGGUACUGGUUCUUCGUCAUGGAGCCCAUGUACUUCGCCCAAGUGACGCUGCUGAAGAUGUCGCUCCUCUUCUUCUACAUGCGCAUCUUCUCCCACAAUAAGAUGUGCAAGAAGCUCAUCUGGGGAACCGUCGCGUUCAACGCCGUCUUCGGCCUCACCUUCAUCUUCGUCGCCGUCUUCCAAUGCACGCCGAUCAGCUUCUACUGGACCAAAUGGGAUGGAGAAACCCCGGGGACGUGCUUGGAUAUCAACGCCAUUGCGUGGGCCAACGCCGGCAUCUCGAUCGUGCUGGAUUUCUGGAUGCUCGCGCUCCCCCUCUCCCAGAUCAAGAGUCUCAACCUGCACUGGAAGAAGAAGAUCGGAGUUGCCAUGAUGUUCUUCGUCGGUACCUUCGUCACCGUCGUCAGCAUCCUACGCCUGCAGUCCCUCGUCGCCUUCGCCAAGUCUCAGAACCCGACAUGGGACCAGUUCGAGGUCGCGACCUGGUCCACCGUCGAGAUCAACACAGGCAUCAUCUGCGCCUGCAUGCCCUCGGUCCGCAUCAUCCUCGUCGGCUUCUUCCCCAAGCUGCUCGGCACCACGCGGCGCGGCACCUCGGCCGCCGCAAAGUACUACAUCCAGUCGAGCGGCAACCACGGCGGCACCACCGGACGCAGCAGAGCCCGCACCUUUGGCAACGAGGCCAAGAUCAAGACAGUCGACCGCGAGUCCGGGCUCUCCAGCCCCAACGGCAUCAUGUACACCAAGGAGUACACCGUCGACUACCACGACGAAACUAGCCUAGUGCACAUGCGGGAGCUAGAGGCGUCGAGUUCGAAGACGGGGAGGAGCGGGUCGCCGUUCUGA